AGGCAGACUUUAGUUACUAUGCCCUCAGCCCCUGGAACAGCCUGCCAGAGAACCUGAGUUUUUAAACUGUGAAACUUUGGGCAUUUUUUAAAAGAGAUCUUUAACACCUUUUUAUUUUUGUUUUUCCACAGGGUGCUCUUAGUCUUUUAGUCAUUCAGUUCUUUUAGAUAAUUCAUAUUUUGUAUAUAUUAUUUUAUUACAUUUCAGCUUUUUAAAUUAUUAUUAUUUUUACCACGGAUUAGACUCUACAGUCCUUGUUCUCUGCAUUUGCAUCCAUAAAGUUUGAUUUGUUAACCCAGUAAGCCUAGUUAGCUAGCUAGGAAUAUUCUGUCCAUAGAAUUAUAAUACAAAAUAGAAUUAAAUAGGAUCUCUAUGGCUCUGUCCAGCUGUGCAUGUCUUGGAAUCGCAACAGCCUACAAACUCUUGCUUUUUGCUUCAGUUUCCAAAACAAAACAGUAUAUGGUCAUGAUGACUUACUGUUUGUAGGUUGUGCAACUGUACUAACUAGCUUAACAAUUUUUUUCUCUCAAUAAUACUACAUAAGCCUUAUACACGUCUUCCAUUGUUAUUAACAUAUAGCUCCAUUUGAAGUAUUUCACAACAACCUUGAAUAGACAACAGUCUGGAAUAGCUAGUGUGGUUAAAUAUUUGUUGACCAAAUCAUAGCCAAUAUUCUGGUCACUCGGCCUAUUUGUAGUUUCAUCUUCAAGUUCUAGCCUGCCCUAGUGUGUGUCCCUGCCCUCUCAUCAUUGCUGCUGGUUCCUUAAUAGUGAUGCUCAAACUGUAAGAGGACAGGAGGUAAGGCUGUCCGGUCAGAAGGAGCCCAGGCUACUGUCACUGAUUGAGUUCUCUGGGGAGUUUAUGUUAGGUGUUUUGGCUAACCCUGAUACUGUUGUGUCCUGUCCGGUACAUCAGUUGUCCAUACCCAUCAACAGUCAUUUUCAGAUUGUGCGAGAGGCCGAAGAAGCGCUGCUCAUUGACUUGCCAUCAAAAACUUGCGUUAGGAUACGGGUCAGAGGGGAGAAAGCCCUGGAGCUGAUUCUGGAGCUCCAGGAUGAUGAGCGCAGCCAGUCCUUCUUCUCCCAGUUGAAGAGAGCCAAGCAGCAAGUCGAGUCCAAAAGCAAAGCGAUGGAUCCUAUCAUGCCGGCUCCCCGCAAGGUCUCUGUCCCAGUCCCACCCAUCCCUCCUCAGAGAGGGAUCCACAAAGCUGUCAACUCUCACACCAAGCCCACCGGCGUACCGCCACCGCCUCCCAACCUCAACAACAGCUCUUCAGCCAACCAGACCGGCACAGCUGACAGACAGGACCCAGCUCUCUCUCUGGCCAUAGACUUUGGCUUCGAGGACAACUUCAAUAAUUCCCUCAAAGUGGAGGAGAAGAAGAACCAGCAGAAUGGCAUCGGGCCCCCCCGGGAAGCUCCUCCAGUUCCCCCUCUGCCUCCACGUAAAGGCUCCUACACUCCCUCCAAUCCUCUCCCACCCACACCCAUCCCCACUUCCAAAGACAGAGUUUCGUCCAUACAGGCUAAAGAUGCCGCCUUCAUCACGCCUUCCAAAACAGAUCUUAGUGUUGACCGGCCCACCUCGUGGUGUGACAGCCCCACCACCAACAGCAUGCGGAACGCCAUGUUCUCCACUCAGGCCAGCCAGAGAGAGUACCUCAUCAAACACCGCCUGGCCAAGAAGGAGAAGGAAUACGUAGACAUCAAGGACUUCAGAUUCUUUUCUGGAACGUGGAAUGUGAAUGGCCAGUCUCCAGACAGCAGUCUAGAGCCCUGGCUGUGUUGUUCUCUAGAACCCCCUGACGUCUACGCUCUGGGUUUCCAGGAGCUGGACCUGAGCACAGAGGCCUUCUUCUAUCUGGACUCCUCUAAGGAACAGCUGUGGGUAGAGGCUGUGGAGAGAAGUCUGCACCCCAAAGCCAAGUACAAGAUGGUGCGUACCAUUCGACUAGUGGGCAUGAUGCUAGUGGUGUUUGUCAACAAGGUGCACAAGAAUCACAUUAAAGAGGUUGCGGCGGAGCACGUGGGAACUGGCAUCAUGGGGAAAAUGGGCAACAAGGGAGGUGUGGCGGUGCGCUUUGUGUUCCACAACACCAGCUUCUGCUUUGUCAACUCCCACCUGGCGGCCCACGUCGAGGACUUUGAGAGGAGGAACCAGGACUACAAAGACAUCUGUGCCCGCAUGAGAUUCCACAUGCUAGACCACCCUCCCCACAAUAUCGUCAAACACGAUGUAGUGAUCUGGGUAGGAGAUCUGAACUACCGGUUGUUUGUGUACGAUGCAGCUGAGGUCAAACAGCUCAUCUCCCACAACCAACUGAGGAAACUGCAGGAGUAUGACCAGCUGAAUAUCCAGAGACAGAACAAGCGAGCUUUCACAGACUUCAUGGAGGGAGAGAUCAAUUUCAUGCCCACGUACAAGUAUGACGCCAAGACGGACCGCUGGGACUCUAGUGGGAAGUGUCGUGUCCCAGCGUGGUGCGAUCGGAUCCUAUGGAGGGGCAGUAAUGUGAAGCAGCUCCACUACAGGAGUCACAUGGAACUGAAGACCAGCGACCACAAGCCUGUCAGCUCCCUCUUCAGUGUCGGGGUGAAGGUGGUGAACGAGGCACGCCACAAGAAAGUCUUUGAGGAGAUUGUGCGCAUGAUGGACAGGAUGGAGAACGAAUUCCUCCCGUCUCUGGCACUGACCCACAGAGAGUUCACCUUUAAGGACGUCAAGUUCCGCCAGCUGCAGCGGGAGAGUUUUGUGAUCUCUAACGACGGGCAGGUCGCCUGCCACUUUGUCUUCAUCCCCAAGCUCAACGACUUGCAGUACUGCAAGAACUGGCUCCGCGCUGAGCCCAGCGAAGGCUUCCUAGAGCCCAACGAAACUUUAGAGAUCUUCCUGGAUGUGUACGUGAGCAAGGACUCGGUGACGCUGCUCAACUUGGGAGAGGACGCCAUCGAAGACAUCCUGGUGCUGCACCUGGACCGAGGCAAGGACUACUUCAUCACCAUCUCCGGCAACUACCUGCCCAGCUGCUUCGGUACCUCGCUGGAGACCCUGUGCCACAUAAAGAAGCCCAUCCGGGAGGUCCCCAUCACCAAGCUCAUCGACCUGGGAGAGGACAGCUACGUGGAAAAGGAGAAGUCCAGGCUGAGCUUCCUGAUGGUGGACAGUGCCGGCACGGAGGACAAGCCCUUAAAGAUUCCCAAGGAGGUGUGGCUGCUGGUGAACCACCUCUUUACCAUGUCCUGCCAGCAGGAGGACCUGUUCCAGACACCGGGCCUGCAGGAGGAGCUGCAGGGUGUCAUCGACUGCCUGGACACCAGCAUUCCUGACUCAAUCCCUGGUUGUAACCACUCCGUGGCCGAGGCCCUGUUGAUAUUCCUGGAAGCUCUGCCGGAGCCAGUGGUCUGUUACGAGCACUACCAGCGCAGCCUGGACUGCUCCCAUGACAGCCGCCUCUGCAAACAGUUGAUCUCCCAGCUGCCCCGGGCUCACCGCAACGUCUUCCGCUACCUGAUGGCCUUCCUCAAGGAGCUGCUGAAAUAUGCCCACAACAACAACCUCACUGCCAACCUCAUAGCUACCCUCUUUGCCAGCCUGCUCAUCCGACCCCCGCCCAACAUGGUGGGCCGACAGACAGCGCAGGACCGACAGAGAGCCAUCGACUUCAUUCUGGGCUUCCUCAUGGGAGGGGACGAGGAGUGAGGGGUCAGGGGAUCAGACCGCCAGGACCUUUUGAUGACAGACUGAGGAAUGGGGUUUUGGUGGACACACGGUCCAUGUAUGUGUGUAAGGGACCAUGGUGGAUUGUGUUGUGGGAGAACAAACAGUGCAAUUAUAUGGGACCCUCUCUUAUCAGACUCUUAGCAAUGCCCCAGCCCCCAGCCUUUGUAGUGCUGUACUUCAGUCACUCACAACCAUCACCAUUAACCAAGUCCCAUAGUUUUCAUCUCUGCUCAUUGUGUGGCUGCAGGACCAGGAGUUUAGAUGUUGGGCAGCUUGGAGUGACAGUGAACAGUCAACUGACUGACGCCCCACUCCCCAGGCAACCCCCACUGAGGACUGUUCCGUGCCCCAUUCAACCCCCACUGAGGACUGUUCCGUGCCCCAUUCAACCCCCACUGAGGACUGUUCCGUGCCCCAUUCAACCCCCACUGAGGACUGUUCCGUGCCCCAGUCAACCCCCACUGAGGACUGUUCCGUGCCCCAGUCAACCCCCACUGAGGACUGUUCCGUGCCCCAUUCAACCCCCACUGAGGACUGUUCCGUGCCCCAUUCAACCCCCACUGAGGACUGUUCCGUGCCCCAUUCAACCCCCACUGAGGACUGUUCCGUGCCCCAUUCAACCCCCACUGAGGACUGUUCCGUGCCCCAUUCAACCCCCACUGAGGACUGUUCCGUGCCCCAUUCAACCCCAACUGAGGACUGUUCCAUGCCAAAACGACUCCCUUUACCUGAUUUGAAUGUGAACUCUGAAUGGAAGUACAAUAUGUAUGUAGGAACCCACAGAUACUAAGAUAAUGAUGAUCUGUUAGUACGUUACACUAAAGAUACACGUAGAGGGUCGUGCAGAAAAUUUGGAUCGCAUUCUACCUGGUAGAUAUUCCUCCGAGGGAACGAUUCAGCCCAUGGGUACGUAGUGAUAUCGCACGCAAGAGACUUCUGGUGAACACAGAGAGACUAAAUGAAUCCUUGCUUGUCCGAAAUACUGACCAAGGAAGUUUGACGUUCUUCUACAAGAUAAUGAUGACAAUCCGGAGCAGUCCUUUCUGGGAUCUGGGAGACAUAUUGGGAGAUAUGUUAGAACUCUCAGUGGGCUAUGGUGUAAACAAAUGUUAUUUAUCAUUUAUAUUUUCUCCUUACAUAACUUUGUACCAUCUUUAGAGUUUAUUUCAACUUCAUACUUCUUUUAAGAGACCACAUUUUGGAUAUUGAACGUUAUCGUGAGUUAGGCUGAUUUCUCCAUUCAAGUACAUUACAACUCUGAACCCAAGUCACACUAACUUGACACUAACUUGACAGUAGAGUGAUCAGUCAUCCCUCCUGCUUGUACAGUAUGUGCUAUUCUACGGGCCAGUUUCUCAGACCCAGAUUCAUCUUAUUGGAGAGUUAACAUUCGCGAUUGAGCAUGCUUUUUUUUUUUUGUUCAAGAGUGGUUCAAUGUGGUUGUCUCAUCCAGCUAUCUUAAGAUGAAUGCACUAAUUGUGAGUCGCUCUGGAUAAGAGUGUCUGCUACAUGACUAAAAUGAGGUGGCUUUUAGUCUUGAGUCCGGGAAAAACCCUCCCUACAGUGUGCUACAGAACAUAACAAAGACAAACCCACUACGGCAUCGAUGUCUUAACUGUUGCAAACAGUCCCUCUCCUGUCCGUAUUGACCUCUUGUGGGUUUUUUGACUCUGCUGUCACCUCUUAUUAUGGUGGUGCAAACCGUGUGUUCAAUAUGUAUGUAUUGUUUGUUGGUCAUGCAGGUACCAUCGUUUAAAUGCUUGUUUAUAUGUUUAUUUUCUCGCUUCUGCCUCGCUGUCUGCCUCGCUGUCUGCCUCGCUGUCUGCCUUCAUACUGGUUAGAGCCUCAUUGCAUUGGGCCGGUGUGCUCAGGCAGGGGAAUUCUUGUCACAGUCGAUUCAGACAAUAUAAUGCCCUGUUUUACUGUCUUGAGUUUCAUCUAAAGUAGCACCCUAUACCCUAUAUAAUGCACUACUUUUGACCCGAGAGCGCUGGUCAAAAGUAGUGUGCUAUAUAGGGGAAAGGGUGCCAUUUCGGACAUACCCUAAUACUUUUUUCAGUUGCAAAGCAUUUUUUUACAGUGCAGGUUGAACAGGAUUUAGAUGUUCAUUACUCUCCGCUGAGACAAAACUGUUUUUUCCCCCCUAAUGCUGUCGUGGAACGUGUUAUGGUUGUGAAACGAGGAACUCUAAUGCUGUGACAUUUCUACAGUGUUUCUUCCCUUUGUUUUCCACACUGUCGUCUAGUAACGUUGGUAAUAAGGCGUGAAAACAGCUCCUGGCUGGCCUGUUGUGUGACACGCUUGGUCUAUGACACUUGUUUCCACUGGAAAUGUUUCCCUCUCUUAUGUCUCCAGUCAACUAAUCUAGCCAGAAAAGCCUGUUACUUAGUCAACAGACAUGUACUGUAAUCUAGCCAGAAAAGCUACAGAAAAGGCAUUCAAAGUUUUAAAGUGUUUUUUAAUAUCGCAUGAUCUUGUAGCUAACACAAUGACAGGCUGUUAAUCAAAGCACUUAACAGUUUGGUUGUCUCUCUGUCAGCUCUCACCCAGAGAGGAUUUUGAGUGGAGUUUUCCCAAGUCGUGUGUGACUUCCGGACUGCAAUCAUCCAUACAGUACAUUCGCUUUGCUUAGCUUUGCCAAACCAUGAUUGGCCCUGGAUGGAUUGGUCCUACCUGUUGUCUCGGACUCUAACCGAGGAGGAACAGUGAAUCUGAGAUUGUCAUCUCAUUCACAACACAAAGCUUUUACAUCAGAGACGAGGUCAUCUCCAGCUGCAGAGAUAUUGUUAGAAUUGAAUAUUCAAAUUGGGAGAUGAACCCACACUCAUGUUGUCCUAGCUGUCCCUUCAUCUGUGGUCUGUCUGUGUUUUCAUGUGUUGUCUUUUCCUGCUCUGCUCCCCUUCAUACUGUGGCUUUUGUAAUGGUCUGUCUAGUAAUAAUGCUACAUGUGCACAGCUGUUUUUGGUAUUUUUAAUUUAUUUAACGGAAAUAAAAUAAUGUAUGAAAAAAA